AUGAUCACAGUGAAUUCGGAUGGAAAAAUAAUGGUCAGAAGAUGUCUCGUCACCUUGAGGCCUUUUAGGAUAUUUGUGGCAGGCAUUGGAUUUUUCACUCUCUGCUUCUUAAUGACAUCCCUGGGAGGUCAGUUUUCAGCCAAAAGACUGGGAGACUCUCCAUUCACCAUUAGGACAGAAGUGAUGGGGACUCUGGAGUCAAGAGGAGUGCUGAGGAAAAUGAGUGAUAUGCUGGAGACAAUGGUGAAGAGGAUGGAAGUACUAGCCAGGCUGGAGAAUAGCACAGACUUCCGGAAAGGGGAAGAAGCCCAUUUCCCAAUGGACAGGUUCCCUCCAGCAGCUGGUCUGAUGGAGAGGAUUCAAGCAAUUGCUCAGAAUGUCUCGGACAUAGCAAUGAAGGUGGAUCAGAUUCUUCGGAACAGUCUCCUAAAUGGAAAAUCCAUAGAAGGCCGACGGGACCAGUGUGAAGUACCCAGAGAUCCCAGGUAUUCUGACUGCUCUGGAAAAGUCGAGUGGAUGAGGGCUCGGUGGACGUCGGACCCUUGCUACGCGUUCUUUGGUGUGGAUGGCACAGAAUGCUCCUUCCUCAUCUACCUCAGUGAAGUUGAGUGGUUUUGCCCAGUGCUACCUUGGCGAAAUCAGUCAGCAGCUGCCCCUUCUUCCAACCCAUCACCCAGGAUACAGGCGGUUUUUCAAAGAGACCUCUCCUAUCUUCUGGAGCUGAUUGGCAGUGGCAAGGAGUCCUUGAUCUUCAUGAAGAAACGGAUCCGUCAUUUGGCUGCCCAAUGGCUGAGGGCCUCUCAUAAACUGGAACAGAAACUGGAGGGCAAACACAGAGAUCAGAAGCAGAUUUUGAUCCACAUUGGCUUCUUGACAGAAGAAUCGGGAGAUGUUUUCAGCCCUCGUGUACUAAAAGGGGGUCCACUGGGGGAGAUGGUCCAAUGGGCAGAUAUAUUAGCUGUUCUUUACAUCCUGGGGCAUAGUCUGAAGAUCACAGUCUCUUUGAAAGAACUCCAGAGUAACUUAGGAGUGCCACCUGGUCGAGGUAAUUGUCCCUUGAUGGUUCCUCUGCCCUUUGAUCUCAUUUAUACGGACUACCAUGGACUGCAGCAGAUGAAGCAGCAUAUGGGCCUCUCCUUUAAAAAAUACAGAUGCCGUGUUCGAGUAAUUGAUACUUUUGGGACUGAACCUGCAUACAAUCAUGAGGAAUAUGCCACACUGCAUGGAUAUCGAACAAACUGGGGCUAUUGGAACCUCCAUCCUAAACAGUUCAUGACAAUGUUUCCUCAUACACCGGAUAAUUCUUUCAUGGGGUUUGUGUCAGAAGAGCUCAAUGGGACUGAGAAGCAGUUUAUUAAAUCCAACAAGGCCAACAAUAUGGCAGUUGUCUAUGGGAAGGAAGCCAGCAUUUGGAAGUUACAGGGUAAAGAGAAGUUUCUAGCCAUCCUUAACAAGUACAUGGAGAUCCAUGGCACUGUUUAUUAUGAAACCCAGCGCCCACCAGAAGUUCCAGCUUUUGUGAAGAAUCACGGUCUUUUGCCCCAACAUGACUUUCAGCAGCUUCUGAGAAAAGCCAAGCUCUUUAUUGGCUUUGGUUUUCCUUACGAAGGCCCUGCCCCUUUGGAAGCAAUAGCUAAUGGAUGUGUUUUCCUGCAAGCCCGUUUCAAUCCACCCCACAGCUCACUCAAUCAUGAAUUCUUCAGAGGGAAGCCAACAUCAAGGGAGGUAUCCUCUCAGCAUCCCUAUGCAGAAGAUUUCAUUGGAAAACCUCAUGUGUGGACAGUGGAUUAUAAUAAUUCAGAGGAGUUUGAAUCAGCCAUCAAAGCAAUUAUGAGUACUAAGGUUGAUCCUUACUUGCCCUAUGAAUACACGUCUGAGGGAAUGCUAGAGCGAAUCCAUGCCUACAUUCAAAACCAGGAUUUCUGUGCUACUGCUGCUCUACCAGACAAGUCCAGCAGCCCAACUAUGCAAAGCUCUCUCAGUCCUUUCAUCCUGCAACCCAAUUCAACUGCCCUGGUAUGGUCUCAUAAUGUAAGCAGCAGCCAUCUUCCAGCCUGGCCCCCAGUCAAGUCCCUGCAGGUGUGGCUAUCCGAGACUGGCCAAGCAUGCACCAGAACUUGUCAGCAGCACAAUUUAGUCUGUGAGCCUGAGUUUUUCAAGUUUCUCAACAAAAAAGAAGUGUUCCAGCAGCUCAACAUUGUUUGUGAUAGCACAGAGUCUGAGAUGAAUCACCUUUAUCCAGCUGUGGCCGAAAAUGUCCGGGAAUGCUACCUUCAGAAGGAUCAUCUGUUAUUCAGCUGUGCUGGAUGCAAUACGAAGUACCAGCGCCUCUGCCCAUGCCGUGACUACCAGAAAGGACAGGUGGCACUCUGCAGGGACUGUUUGUGA